AUGACACCAUUGAGCUUGGCUGGGAGUUUGGGAAAGGGCUGUGCUUUCUUCUGGGCGGAGCUACCUCCUGGCGGUGGCGCCCUCUUUGUCGCCAAGUGGCGCCAGCGAGUAUCCCAAAGAGCUCUCCGGUUCCUGUUCUCCUCUGGCUUUGGCAUCCGCCCCUCCCACCUUCUCCAGAGUACCCAAGCUCUCACACCUGGCCCAGUCCAAACCGGAGUUGAAAUCAGGACCUCUCCCCUCAUCACUCAUUUGCCUGAUGGGGGCCACUGUGUGCCUAGGCCCUGGAGUGGGGAGACCGCCAGCCACUGGGCCACAGGGGUCUACACUGACCUCCACCCAGAAGCCAUCUGCGUUAGAAUCCACUGGAGAUCAUGCAUCCCAAGAGCAGGAGUGAACGUGCAGCUAUUUCUUGGCAACCCUAACUGCCACCAGAGUUGCCAGGCUGCUAAAGGCAUUCGCCUGUGCUGUACACACAGCUGGGAAAUCAGAAGCAAGGAGCUGGGUUUGUUACCAGCCAAAGCCCUGGAACUCACAAGGCAAUCUGCUCUCCUUGGGAAGUUUUUGUCUGAGCAUCUGAGAUAUUUUCAAGUAAGAAGCCAUGGAGAUUGGAAGAGCUACCCCUGCAGCAAAAUCAGCCUUGUGUUAUGUACAGGCUGGCCUGUGACAACAAGCCCUGGGGACACUGGGGUUCCAGCCCUGCUCAGCCGAGCUUCAUGCAUUAUGGAUGAAGAUUGUCGAUGCGCAGACUUCAGGGACAUGGCUCCUCCAAAGCAAAAUCAACACUCCAUGCAACCACUACCUACCAACAGCUGUUGUCCAGGGCUUGAAAGAUGGCUCCAGCAGCAAUAGUAGUAAACAGGAGCAAGAAUACACUGAGUAUUCCUUUUAAGUGUUGUUUCGAAGACAAAACGAAAACUUCAAUCAAAAUGAAAUGAUUAGGAGUUCCCGUCGUGGCGCAGCAGAAAUGAAUCCGACUAGGAACCCUGAGGUGGCGGGUUUAAUCCCU